AUGGACAAUGCAUCUUAUCAUUCCGUUCAAAUCGACAGGUCGACAAAACACGAGCCAAAACACGAAAUCAAAAAUUAUCGAGUGGCUUCGAAAUCAUGUGACGAUGGAUUUCUGAAACUUGAACUUCUGGAAAAAGUCAAGUCAAUUCUUAAGCAAUGGCGUCGUCGAACGGUGCACACUCGAUGUACAGAACAUAAACAAAUAACUGUUUGUAUCCAGUUUCCUGAAAAAUAUCCUAUGCAGCCAUUGCUUAUUGAACUUAAAAGUAAAUAUCUUUCAGAAAGACUGUUAGAUCGUUUAACAAAAAUAUGUGAUGAAGAAUGCAAAAAAUAUAUAGAAAAACCACAGAUAUUGAAGAUUUUAAAAUUUAUCAGAAACUUUAUUGAUGAUAAUCCAUUGUGUGUUUGCAGUGAAGAAAUUACAAAUAUCAAAAAAGAAUUAAUUGAUAAACAAGAUGAACUGAAACUAAAGCAAAAAAAUUCUUCUAUUUCUUUAAGAGUAUUUCAGGACUUAUAUUUUUUAGCUAUCAAAAUCACAAUACCAGAAAAUUAUCCAUUGAAACAAAUAGAAUUAGAAUACAAAGAUUGUAAUUUUCCUGAGAUUUUUAAAAAGUAUCUUAUGGCUCAAGCCAAAGAAAUAUCAAGACAGUGUGUACAACCACCUUUGAAGAAAGAUUCAAAAAAAAGCCCACCAUUUGAACCCAAGCCAUCUUUAUGGCCAGUAGUUAGCUUUUUAAUAAGUAGAGUCAAAUAUUAUCCUCUUGAAAAUUGCCAAUUAUGCAAGAAGAGAUGUUUCCCACAUGAUCCUAAGGAUAUUAUGACAGAAAUAACUAAUGACUUGCAUAUAGAAAGGGUGUACUGUGAUCAUCUUUUUCAUAAUGGGUGUCUCAAUCGUUUUAUGAAAACGCCACCAUUUCAAGGAGGGAAAAAGUGUCCCGGUUGCAAACAAAGAAUAUAUCACGAAAAAUGGAAGGUAACUCCUCAACUAGCAGAAGCUCGCUGGGCACAUCAUGAAGCAAAGAAAAGAGAAUUGGGCGAAGUGGUGGAGUUUUUCAAUUAAAUUGAAUUGUAAAGUUCCAUUUUAUUACGUCGUAUUUCAAUGUUGUGAAUAAUAGAUUUUUAAUGGCGUGUCCUGUUUUUCCUUCUCAAACUUGUUAUUUUUGUUUAUAGGAGUCAGCUAUUUUGUUAUGAUGAUAUUCUUAAGAAAUUUAAGAUUUAUUUAUGAAUCAGUAAAGAAGUAUGAAUUAGUGAUUUGUGUAGUUAUUAAUAUUGUUAGAGAUAAAUACAUUGACUUAUAACAAUGUAUUUAUUUAUAACAAAUUGUGUAUUUAUAAGAUUUUAAUACUGGACUUUAUACAGUGAAUCAUUCAAAAUUCGUAAAAUGUGUAUUAAUUCAUGAUCUGCAUUAAAAUCUAUUUUAAAAAUACUUUAUUUUUUAAUUUAUCAUAAAGAACAUCAGAUUUAUUUAGUACAGUAGACUCUCGAAAACUCGGCGCUCGAUAACCCGACACUCCGGAUAACUCGGCCACACCCUGGCAGGGCAAAAAAAUCCUUAGUUAAUUAAUUUUCAUUAUAGACAGCUUUAUGCCUCAUAAAGUAUUUUUCUGAGGUCUGUCUUAUCA